AUGAAUUCGCUAGUCGCAUCAUUAAAGGCCGAUGAAGCAGUUAACUGGUUUCAGAAACGUUUGAACUAUGCUGUUAAUUAUGGACUUUCUUCUGAAGAAUGCAAUAUGUUUGACAUUUUUAUUACAUCAACUUUGGCUGAAGUUGACAUAAAAAAGCAGAUAAUCAAUAUAGUACUUCCAAAAUUCUUUGAUAACUUAAUAUCAAGGAAAGUCAAUAAAUCGAAUGCAUUGGAUACAUUUACAACUAAAACACUAAGCGAGUGUUUUAACAAAGAUAAUAUUGUUUUCAAAGUGACAAAAUAUCUUGCUUUAUAUCUUCAAUGUGGUGGUCGUGAGCAACAGUGUAUUCAUCAUGUUGAAGCUUGGACUUGUCAAUUUAAUGAUUAUUUAUACUCUGCCAAUUAUUUUUUGAACCAAUUUUAUACUAAUGUUAAUUUCUUCUGUGGAACGGACGUGACUGAUAAUUAUGAAGGAAAAUUUAAUGUGUCAAUUUUAAAUUAUCUGAACUUACACAAAUGA